AUGGACGGGCUGGGCUUGUCGCCGAAGACGGUGGCAGCCGGUGUGAGUUCUGAGCACGCGCAGAAUAGAGCCUGUCCCUUAGAGUUACGGCUCUGGCAUCGAUUAAGUGGGCUGCUGCGCCCGCGCAGGCGCUGUGGGUUUGGUGCCAUCUUUGUUGUGGGUGACGGAGGCAAGCGAGCGUCCUGCCGCCCGGAGUUGGAUGGUGCCAUCGUCCCCUUUAGCGAUUGCUCCUGCCUGCUGCCAAGGCCGGACGGUGCAGGCGGGAUGGCGGAGCGCGGCGGCCCCUCGCCCGCGGGGGGCUCCGGCCGGACCUGGUGCCUCAGGCGAGUGGGGAUGAGCGGCCAGUGGCUCCUGCUGGAGAGCGGCAGCGAGGUAACUAUAGGCCGAGGAUUUGGUCUCGCCUACCAGCUGGUCUCAAAAACCUGCCCACUGAUGAUCUCUCGUUACCACUGUGUUUUCAAGCAGAAUGCACAAGGCCAGUGGACAGUUACAGACAACAAGAGUCUAAAUGGUGUUUGGUUGAAUAAGGAACGGCUUGAUCCAUUAAAGGCCUAUCCAAUAGGUGAAGGAGACCAUAUUCAACUAGGAGUGCCUUUGGAUAACAAAGAGACUGCUGAAUAUGAAUAUGAAGUGAUUAAGGAAGAAUGGGAGAAAGUUAGUCCAUUUUUAGCCCCGAGGAAUGACCAACUGAUGGGGAAACCUAAGGGUGCAAGAACUAAACGUAAACUUAGUUUGGAGGAAUCAGAGGCAUCUGGAGCAGAAGGCCCUUCAAAUUCCAGAUCUAAAAGGGACAGAGUGUCCUGCGAUAGUGAACCUUUGGGUAGAUCAUGUGGGAGGGCAGAAUUGGCCAAACAGCCAACAGAAAACAUGGAUGUCAAGCUACCUUCUCCUGGACCAAGCGUGGAGGAGGAUAAAGCUACAGUAUAUUGUAAUCCUAUGAACUCUGAGAAAGCUGUAUCUCUUAGCCAUAAGGACCAGAAAGCCUCUAGUCUGGCACAGUCUUGGACUGGUUUGGAAAUGCUGAGGAAAACCCUGGGAAAUAUAAUGAAGCUGAAAGUCAAGGUGGAGGAGAAGCAGACAGCUGUUUUGAGUGUGAAGAAGAGCAGGAAGUCUGGCCAAAAAGAGAUCAGAGUGAUGGAGCAGGAGCUGCGGGAAUUGCAGGACCAGCUGUGCACUGAACAGGAACAUCAGCAGCAGAGGGUGGAACAGCUGGAGAGGACAUUCUAUGAGGAGCAGCAGCAGCUUCUGGAGGGAGUGAAGAAGCAGCAAGGGGAAGAGAAUUUGAAGGAGCAACUGGCCCAGGUUCUGCAGGAGCAUCGUGCCCUGAUGGAUGAGCUGAGCCGUAAUAAGAAGGAUUUUGAAGAGAUAAUUCAAGCUAAGAAUAAAGAGUUGGAAGAGACUAAGGAGGAGAAGGAGAAGGCGAGAGCGCAAAAGGAGGAGGUUUUGAGUCAGAUGAAUGAUGUACUGGAGAAUGAGCUGCAGUGCACAAUCUGCUCUGAACACUUCAUUGAGGCUGUCACUCUGAACUGUGCACACAGCUUCUGCUCCUACUGCAUCAAUGAAUGGAUGAAACGUAAAGUGGAGUGUCCCAUCUGCAGGCGGGAGAUACAAUCCAAGACGCGCUCCCUGGUUCUGGACAACUGCAUUGACAGGAUGGUAGAAAACUUGAACUUGGAGAUGAAGGAGCACCGCCUGGCUCUCAUCCGAGAGCGCAAAGAGAAACAGGAUGUCUUAGUGAACCCAGCCACGGACAGUGAGAGCAGUAUCAUUUCUUCUAUCUAUUCCAUCUUGUCGAUGAGCAGUUAUGACAGUGAUGACUUUGAGGAGGACUCUGACUACGAUAAUAUCUAUGAUAUCUAUGGUAUCUGAAAACCCAUAUCGCAGAUUGGAUUGCCUGUGAGCCAUGCAGAAUCAACCUAAGUGUGCUUGGAUCUACUGCCAUCAGAGGUGAAUGGAUUGGAUGUUUGGAAAAAUAGGUGUUGAACAGCCUGGAAUUCGAGCUGCAGACGAAGAGUGCUUAUCAGAGCACUGUUUUUGUUUUUAAAUGAAUGUAUAAUUUCUUGCCCUCUAAAGCAUCCAAACUGGAAUUGUGGGGGUAACUAAUGCUUGUCAUGCUAAGUACAUUUACAUACAAACUUUGAUUUCCACGAUCACUUGUGACCUGAUCAGUAGAAUAACAUCCUGGUUUCCCUGCAUGCGCCGCUGCUUGUCUGCUGGGUUAAAUUAUACCUAUUCAAAUGUUUGUCCAUUUCCUUUAUUUCAGCUAGUGGAGAGAAUGGAUAGCUAUUUGAGCAGGCCUGCCAUUCCACCCAGGAGAUAGCAGAGGUACACCUAACACACCAGUACAGUGCCAGUUUAAGAUGGGUUUUCCUUGUGCGAUUUUACAUGACAGCUUGACUCAUGCUUGUCUUUAUGUCAUUAACACUUGGCUGACAGUACCUGUACCGCCCUUCAAUCCCAGUGUGCUCAGUUCAUUGUAGGUUGGGGUGCUGGGUCUCUGGCUGCUCUACUGAUGUCACUUAUUUUCUGUUAGGUAGAGAUGGAGAAGAUAGAAUUACCCAAGUGUCAGCCCGAACCAGUGCUGUACUCGUUGCUCACAAAGCAUCUUAGUCGUUCUCUUUCCAGGCCUUUUCCUGCUUAAAGGAGAUGGGAAAUGAGCACAUCUAAGAACAAUAACUUAAAAAACCUAGUCAGUCCCUGCCAGAAGCAGAGAGAACGUUUAUUUCUUCAGAAGUGCUAUUGCUAUUUGAGUUAAUGGAAUGUCCUGUUGGCCUGGUGGGGAGGUAGCAUCAGGGGCAAAACACAAGGCAAGAAGGGGGAAAGUACUGUAUCUACAUAUUUUUACUGUUUACAAAAUGUUGCUGUUCAGCUGGGACAUAACACUAGCCUUGCAGCAAAGAAAAUCCUCACUGAGGAGUCGGUGAACAAAUCUUGCCUCGUUUUUGCAAGCGCCUGACUGUGAAGCUCUGUUUUCAUUGGCCUAUAUACUUGAGUUAGUUUUGUUAGCUGAAAGGUAUCGUUUGAUUGUGUGAGAGAGAAAAACACAAUCAUCUGUAGUAGUAUUUCUCUAUCCAUGUGUAUGUAUUUACCCGUUUCUGUGUUUCUCCUGCUUCUAAGGAGAGAAAUGUGAACCAUUUCCGCUGUUCUGCCUGCCACACCCAGGGACACAAAUUUCAUUCUACUAAUUACUUUUGACUUUAAUGAUAAAAAUGGGUCCUGAUCUCAUUUUUAUAGAUCUGGUUGCUUAACGUUAAAAACAUUUUCCCUUCUGAUAGUCAUAGCAGCCUCAGCAUUUUACUGUUUUUAUGAAGUUAUUCCAAAAGACUCGUGCAUUCAGGGAUUUGUAUGACAAAUCACACAGAUCGUUCUGCCCUGCAUUUGUUGGGGCAGAUAAGCCAACAAUUUAAUAUAGGUGGAACACACAGCACCCUAACCCUGGGGAUGUAGUAUUUCUUAAUUUAAACUAUCCUGUGCUAAAGAAAGGACUCAUUUCAAGAAUGUAUGAAGAGUGAUGCCAUUCCACAAGGCGAGUGUGUCCUCCUGACAUGAUUUAUGUGAUCAGGACUGUAACAGGGACAAAAUGUCUGGUCUAGAAACUAAGGUGCAGGUAACUGUCACCCUCCUUAAACUUCAAUAUAAAGUUUCUCUCCUGCUGUGGAGGAGCCAACACUACCUUGAGGUUUCUUGCUCUCCUGUGCUCUUGACAUUCAAUUCCUACAUAUAUAUUCUCUUUAGAAGUGCUAGUCACUUGGGGUGGGGAGUGUCAAUAGAGGAUUGAGAAUGGUUGACACUAACCCAGGUCUCUCUGUGGAAGAGAUCCGUUUCCAUCUAGCGUAGGAUAAGCUCUUUGGAGCUCAAGGAUUACAGAUUUCUUCUAUCAGAUGUAUUUUGCCAUGUUGCUGUAUUAUUUUUUCUGCCUGUUUUAUUUUUACUAAAUAUAUUUAUUUUGCUUCUUUGCUA